AUGGACACUGCCAUUGACCUGUCCGAUGCCUCCAAGGCAUUGGACUUGGCCAAUAUUCGGUUUCAACUGAUCCGACUCGAGGACACAAUCACCUUCCACCUGAUCGAACGGGUCCAAUUCCCACUCAACAAAACCAUCUAUGAGCCCGGCGGCGUGAAGAUUCCGAACAGCGAGCUGAGUCUAAUGGACUACAUGCUCAGCGAACAGGAACGCCUCCAAUCCCGAGUCCGCCGGUUCCAAUCCCCAGACGAAUACCCCUUCUUCCCAGACGUGCUCGAGGACCCGAUCCUACAGCCACUGGAGUACCCACGGAUCCUGCACGCCAACGCCGUGAACGUCAACGACACCAUCAAGUCGCGGUAUAUCAACGAGAUCCUGCCCGCAGUCUGCCCGCAGUUUGGGCGCGAGGACCGUGGCGAGACGCAGGAGAACUACGGGUCGGCGGCGACGGGCGACGUCGCUUGCUUGCAGGCGCUGUCGCGUCGCAUCCACUUUGGCAAGUUUGUUGCGGAAUCCAAGUUUCAGAAAGAUCCUGAGACCUUUGUGCGCUUGAUUCGGGCUGGUGAUCGGGCCGGCAUCGAUGCUGCGAUCACGAAUGCGCAGGUCGAGCAGAAGGUGCUCGAACGGUUGGGUCUCAAGGCGAAGACUUACGGCACCGACCCUGCUUUUGCGGAGGAAACGGGCCAGAAGAUUAAUGUUGACGCGGUUGUGGCGAUGUAUAAGACUUGCGUCAUUCCGCUGACGAAAAUCGUCGAGGUCGAGUAUCUCAUGCAGCGUCUGAAGGGGACUCAAUGGGAGUCAUGA